AUGUUUCGAGUAGUCGGAAACACACUCUCCCGGGCGAUUUGUCGAUCUUCCUCGACCGCCGCACUCGAAUGCAAAGCUCUUGCAUUGUCCAGUCCUCACCCGGGAGUUUUGCAAGUGGAAAUCAACCGGCCGAAAAAAGGCAACGCGAUGAACGCCGACUUCUGGCACGAAUGCGAAAUGGUCUUCAACGCUGCUGCUGACGAUGAGAAAGUCAGAUCAAUCGUCCUUACUGCUUCGGGUGAGAAAUUCUGGUCGGCGGGCAUCGAUCUGAUGCAACUGGCCGGCGAACUGGGCCAGGUCAUGGAAAAGGAUGACGUCGGGCACAAGGCGCGAGCGCUUCGCAAAAUGGUUCUCAGGCUGCAAAAGCCUGUCAAUUCUAUUGCUGAUUGCCCAAAGCCCGUGAUUGGGGCAAUUCAUGGAGCAUGCAUCGGCGGCGCGAUUGACGUCCUCUCCGCUUGCGACAUCCGAUAUUCUAGCGCCGACGCCUGGUUUACUAUCAAAGAGGUCGAUGUUGGCCUUGCAGCUGAUCUCGGAACACUUCAGCGAUUUCCGAAAAUAAUCGGCAACGACUCUACCGCCCGCGAGCUCGCCCUCACUGCUCGCAAAUUCGAUGCCUCAGAGGCGAAGGACAUCGGAUUCGUUAGUAAAGUCUACGAAAAUAAAGAGACAACUCUAGCAGCUGCACUCGAUGUUGCCAAGGAAAGCCCUAUCUUUGAGUCUGAUUUCCGUUGCUCGACGGAUGAGCAAUGGCACCGGCUGGACGAAAGGAUUCACGAGACAGCAGCAGCUCCGACUCAGAGCAUUCUCUCUCGUCAUCCGACUCUUCUGACUCCAGCAGAAGCCGCUCAAGAGACAGAAAACGCAAUUCAAAAAGACCGAAAAGUUACAGACAUACAGAAUCGGAUCGGAAAAAGUCUUAUAAACGGAAUCGAUCGAGAAGUCGGUCAAGAAGUCGAGAAAAUAAACGACGUCGACGGCGAUCACGAAGCUCUCGUCGGGACAGAAAAAGAUCUCGAACCAGGUCGAGCUCACGUAGACGCAGACGUUCUAGUUACAAAUCUAGCUCAAGAAGAUCCCGUCGGAGAAGAUCAUCAGCAAGACGAAAGAAAUCUUCGCGUGAUGGACGACGUUCAAGAUCAAGGCGUCGUUCAUCCUCUGCAUCAAGCAGCAAAAUACGUUCUCCAUCCCCAAAAGCCACCAACGCCAAAGACGGAGAUUGAAAAUCCAUCGCCGCGAAAGAAGAAACCUACCCUGGCCGACUUCUUUGGCGAUUCGGAUGAAGAGAUUGAACCAAAAGCGCCUCCUACCAUUCACACCGGAAUCAAAUUCAAUGGUCUUAAUGGUUCAACGAACGGCGACGCGAAGUGGCGAGUCGUUUCUCCGAAAAAAGCACCCAUUUCUGUGAAAACAGAAAUUCAUGGUGGCUUCGAAAGCGGGUCUUUCAUUAAACCACCUCUAGAUGCACCUCUUCCUGACGAUCAAUCCUCGGCAAAAGACCAUCCACCUCUGUCGAUUGACCAGCCUCUUCCGACCGAGCCAUCUCCUCCCGUCGAGCCUCCUCUACCGGUCCCAGUACCACAGCAAGUUGAAAAGCCACCGUCAUCUCCACUUCCAGUAGCAGAUGUUAAGCAAGAACAUGCAAUGAAUAACCCAAAAGCAAAACCUCAGCAAAAACCUCUCAUGCAGCCCAUCACCUCCCCUUUUGUAGUCAAAACAGAAUGCCCAGAAAUACAAGAAAUUCUUUCCGAUGGAAUGGACAUCUCCGAUUCUGACGAGUAUGAUGAAGACGACGUGAAUUUCAUUAAUAAUAGUGUCUCUUGGUUUAAAGGGCUGGACAAUAUGGAGUGUCUUGGAGACAAGCGCCCUGACGCCCCAAUCUCUAUCAAAGCUGAACCAGUUAUAGCCGCCCCUUGCCCACCUCCUGCGCCACUUCGCCGGAAAUCACGGUUUUCAGCUGCGCCUGAUUUUGAUGUCACCGCUCCGACCGUCGUCAUCCCCAAGCUCGAAUCAUCAGAAGAUGGCCAAAAACUAAAUGGUCACAGUCAGUCUGAUUCAACUACUGAGCAGCAUGAGGAGAAACCUGACACUGACGAAAAAAAACCAGCCAUGCCCGAGUUUGACAUGAUUACUGAACCAAUCUAUCGCUGCAACAAAGAUUUCGUACGUGCUGGAAAAGAUACCCGGAAGAUGGACUGCGAAUGUCGCCCUCCUGAUGACCCUGAUGAGGUUUGCUGUGGCUACGAGUGUCUUAACCGCGCGAUCCUCGUCGAGUGCAGCAGCAGGUGUAGAACUGGCGACCGAUGUACAAACAAGAACUUCCAGCGCCAGAAUAAUGCACCUGUAGAAGUCUUCUCGACAGAAGGAAAAGGUCACGGUCUGAGAGCAACCGAGGUUAUUUCUGCUGGAACAUUCAUAAUGGAAUACGUCGGAGAAGUGGUGAGUGCUAAAGAGUUCAAAAAGAGAUCACACGAAUAUGCUCGGUCUGGGACGCAACACCAUUAUUUCAUGGAGCUCACGCCGCAGGCAACGAUCGACGCUUACAAACGAGGCUCAAUCUCCAGGUUCAUGAACCAUUCCUGCGAACCCAACGCUGAAACGCAAAAAUGGACCGUCAAUGGAAUGCUUCGAAUUGGUUUCUUCGCAACGAAGGAUAUCCAACCAAAUACAGAGAUAACCUUCAAUUACCAGUUUAUUCAUUUUGGCAAAGCUCAAAAGUGCCUCUGUGGAGCCCCUUCCUGUCGCGGUACAAUCGGUAGAGAAGCUGACGAGGCUGAAUAUAGAAGAAAAGCUGGCGUGGACGAGAACCACUACGGAAAAAAGAUCAUGAAGAUGAAAAAGCUGCAACAUAAAGAAGAUAUAUCACCGUUCAUAACGACCAUGUCUAGAGUUCGUCCAAACGAGAUAGAGGCACGCAGAUGGGCCUUAGAGCUAGUUGGCAAGUCUCCACGAAAAAUCAAAAUGGCUUUUAUCUAUAACUACGGUCUUGAAAUGCUCUUGACUUACGCCAAAGACGACAACGUCGACGAUAACGCUCUCAAAGGCGACAUUCUAUGGCUACUUGAAGAGUUAGAUAUUACCCAUCGAGACAAAGUUGAAGAUAAUGAGUGGAUUAAAAUGAUGGACAAAUGGUCGAAAACAGAAGACGAACACCAGGAAAGAGCCAAUGCACUUGUCACAAAAUGGCGCAAGUUGACAAGGAUGAUCCAGUUGAAGAAAAUUCCCGUCGCACGCAAGCCUUCCUCAGAGACUAUUCCUGAACCACAGAAAAAAGAAGAGAAGCGAGAACCAUCGUAUCAAAGAAGAAGGAGUCCCAAACCGAGAAAGCCGGAUGUGGAUCCAGUGGAGUGGGAAAAGAGGAAGAGUGAUUAUCGGCGACGCUUCGAAGAAAAAGUGAAGAUGGAGGAAGAGGUGAGAGCCGCCGCGGAGCAGGAGCGCUUGAACAGUGAGCGUAUAGAAUCAUCUAAUGGCUCUGGCGAGUACUACGAUAUGGGAAGCAAUGAAGGUCCAAUAACGCCGCCCGAGUCGCCUAAUCCUGCUGAUAUGACGGCAGAUGAGCAACGUUGUAAAAUUAAAAAGCUUCAUGCUCAUAUCAAGCCGUCCGAAGACGACGAAACCAUCAUUGAUGGAGUUGCCUGUCUACUCGAUAAGCAUGAAGACGGCAGUCUCCUCGUCCGCAUUAAUACAGAUGAUGUGGAGGAAUUCUUCAGAACCUGGAAAGCAGGGAAGAUGUUCGAGAAACGCGAAGCGCAAAAGGCCAGAGAAAAGGCCAAGCGUAAAGCAAAAGAAGCUGAAGAGAUUGAAAUGGAGCGCAGAAUGGCUGAAAGGAUGAAAGCCAAAGCAGUCAAAGAAGCCGAAGAAAAGAAGAAACGAGUGCCCGACUCUCUAUUGCCGGAUGGUUGGAAAGGUCACGACAGCGAAGAUGGAACUCCAUACUACUAUCACGAGGACACCCGUGAGACGACUUGGGACGCACCAGAAAUGAGCCCAGAGGAGCAUCGUAUGAAGAUCGAGAAACUGAGAGUACGUACUGCGGACAAUCUUUGCAAGAGUCUGCAAGAGUAUACUGACCCAAACUGCACCGUUGGCCGAAUAGAAAACGAAGACGACUAUCGAUAUAUCAUCAAGAAAUGCGCACUUUCAAUUGCAAAAAGAAUAGUAAAGGAGCUCAAAACUUACGAAUUCGAAGAUGAAGCAAUAAAACUAACGUCGAGAUACAUUCGUAAAUUCAUGAGCCGGUCAGGUGAAGUCUUUGAUAGACACUUCCGCCCUCCUCCACGGCAACAACCGCGACCAGCUGCUAACGGUCAAAGGAUUGUUCAAUGA